AUGUCUACAAAGACUGUUUCGACUUUGAAGUUUGUGGGAUCGAUUUCCCUUGGCCUACUUACUGGCGUUUCCUAUACCCUCUCAUCUCUCACGAUCCCAGCCUUCCUAACCCUCCCAUCCGCCACUCUUGCAUCUCGCUCCUACAGCUCCCUGACUACUCUCGCCACAACACAUACUCGUGCGCUCACAUGGAUUUCAUCCUGGUCUUUCCUUCUCGCCUUUUAUUUCUCACCCCGAGGACAAAGACAUCCAUAUCUCCUCUGGACCUCGCUCUUCGCCGCCUCAAGCUCAAUCGUUGAUAAACUCAUCCCACUUGCCAUAGGCUCCACAGGUCCAAGACGCAUUGCACAGAGGAAAAGAUCAAAGAAACCCAUGAGUCCCAGACAAAUGGAUGCAAGUUACGAGGUAUUGAGCAAGAGCGCUAGAGAUUAUGAAAGUGCGGGGUUGGCGAGUAGUGAGGAGGAAAUGGAUGAUAAUGUCAAUGGGGAAGAAGUGAGAGAGGAGAUGGAGGGAUUCAUGGCCAGCCAAGUUGUCAGGACUGUGGUUGCCGGUUUGGGCUUUGCGAUGAGCGUUGUGGGUAUCUGGGGAGAUGGAGGGUUCACUGAGGUCGUUUUUGUGGAUGUUGUGUAAGUGAGGAUGAAAUGGGUUAAGGGUACGGCUGUGAGGCACGAGAUAUGAGAUAUUUAACGAGGUAUAUGACAUUGACGAAAGUUGAGAGGCGUAACUUUGAUGCGAGCCCUGGGUUAGCCUUGAAGCUUGUAUGGUGGGAUUGGUCGAGAAGCUUAUAGGUGCGAUGGGGCGGCAAACGAUAAACUCCUAUUCUUUAUUAUGUACGGAUGUUGAAACAUCUUAUUGAUUAUAAAACUUGCUCUUAUCUCAAUGUUCGAAAUUUGGGCUUCCCUGUCUGAUAAUCCGAUAAUGGUCCAAGGAUUUUGGGCGCAAAGGAUUAGACGCUGUCUGUCGUUCAGUGUACAGCAAAAAUCUAUGGAGACUUGAUAUUUAAGGCAAAGAUCUUGAAAUUUACAUUUCUAUGCUACUACCUUUUCUCACCCACUCCAUCUCUAUUUCUAAGAUCUCUGCGGCACUCGCACCAAUAAGCCAUUUUAAUAGCCAUCUCUACGAUGCAAGUAAUACAUUUCCACAGACUUUGAACUCCGGGAAACAUCCGAGUGUGUGAAGAUAUGUAUGCGAGUACAUCCAUAAUUCAACCCUCUUCUAGCUUUCUAUAUACUUAGUACCUUUAUCCUUUCUUAUAAAGACCCGAUGGAGGAGUGUAUGGUAGCAGUGCCUCCGUGGUGCCGCUCAAUGUCGAAAGUGAGUGUUGUUUCGCUUUUGAAUAUCGAAGUUCUUAUCGAGGCGUUCUAAUAGUUCGGACUACAAGAUACUAUGGGUGUAGGAGUCUAUGGGUUUGAUUGCAAAAUGUAAAGAGCAGAGACGGGUCAAGGUAAAAUGGAAGGGCGACUGCUAAUCGGCGAGGUUAUUUUGAUAUGAGCUUUUAGGGGAUGAACAAAUGACCAAAGAGAUGCUAAUGCCGAAAGCAUGGGAUUUGAUAGAGCAUGCGAAUGAUGAACAGGUCGAGUGGUGGUUUGAAUUUCGAUGAGACCGUUUCGUCUCAUCCACAACUGAGCACAGAAAGUGCGGGUGGAAAGAAGAGGAUUGAAGUCCUGUUUCUUGAAAAUGACUAGGAUAGGUAUUAUUCUGAACUCUAGGAAAUCUUUGUGAUGAAAGUGAUGAGGAAAGUACGUUUUUAGGAUCCUUGUGCCUGGAAAAUUGUGCGUGGAUAUUGUUUCAUGUGCAAAAUGAUAUUGAUAGAAUUGAAAAAACCGUCUC